AUGUCUGACCCACUUGUUUCCCAUGGACAACACUUUGGAAGAACAGUGUUCGCACUGUGCAACUACCCUUCCUUACUUACUAAUGGUAUCUUGAGACUGGAGCAGAUGGAAGAUACUCCACUGAGUAAAAAACCGUAUUUUUAUUUUCGCUCGCUGAUUGACGUAUCUGGCAGAGAGCGGCAAGAACAUCGUGUAUUCAAGCAGCUCAUAGAAUCUUAUCCUGGCCUUCUGGAACAAUUUAAAAAUGGGUCUGAAGAAGAAAUUCUUCACAUUGGAGAACUUAUAGGCAAAGGAGCUGCGGGUGCAAGAGGUGACAACACGAAAAUGCUGAAAUCUGCUGUACUUGAUUGGAUUGCCCCGAAAGGAGAAGCGAUCCGACCCCCUUUACACAGAAAUUCAAAAAUCGACCGCAGAUUUAACCAUGAGCUUACAGGGUCCCUACUUUGUCCUGCAGGAUUAGACUGGAAUGACCCACAGACCAAGGACAACCUUCAAAGCAGCGAGCUUUUAGUCUGCGGAGACCAGUGGCCUGUUUUUUUGUAUGCUCAUCAUACUUAUGACACUGAAGAUCUGUGGUGUGGUCUCCUUAGGAGCCGUUUACUUGUAUGUGCUUACAAGCACGUUUUCAUGUCUCCAAGUUCAGUUGACAGAGAACCGAAAGCCACACAAUCCAGAAAUGCUUGCCUCCAUGGCAUGAAUUCUGCCACUGUUGCUUCCAUAGCUUACAUAGCAACCCAGGUCCGAUUUGCUUUAACCUCGUCAUCGGUGUUCUCAAGGACUGACACGGCCACCAACUCAGAGACAUUUUAUCACAGUCUCCUCGACCUCCUGGAAGAUCUUGAGGAAUUGAAGGAGGUUGAUGAGCUGCUGGUGUGGUGGAAUCACCAGGUCUUCCCGACUUCUUCUGCUGCCAAGCGACCUAUCACUGCCAACAGUGCGUUAUUGAAGAUCCGGCAAAAACACCUUGCCUUAAAACAAAUUUCAGGUCCAAACGUAGUCCCUUAG